CAUUUUUUUUCCUUUCCCUUUUUCCACUUCUCUUUACCAAUUAUUCUCUUUAAUUUUUCACUUUAAUAAGAGAUCAGAUCGAAGUUAGAUAUUAGAGCAGCUGGCAAGUGGAUUUUGGCGAUGUCUGGCUUGGAAUCAGGUAUAGGUUCUCGCUAUGUCCAUCAGCUACUCGGACCAGAACCGCAGCUUCAAAGAUCAUCGCAACCCCAAUUAAACGCAUCUCAACUCCGGGAUUCCAAACACUCACCAGAGAAAGAAGGAACUAAUCCUGAUACAGCCACCACCAGCUCAGGCGCAGGUACCACUCUAGGACGCAGGCCUCGAGGUCGUCCAGCAGGUUCAAAGAACAAACCCAAACCACCAAUAAUCAUUACUCGCGACAGUCCAAAUGGGCUGAGAUCCCAUGUACUUGAAAUUUCUUCUGGUUCAGACAUAAUUGAUUCAGUAUCAAACUAUGCAAGGCGCCGUGGGCGGGGUGUUUGUGUACUCAGUGGAACUGGAGCUGUCACAAAUGUUACAUUGCGGCAACCAGCUGCUCCAGCUGGAAGUGUCAUAACACUACAUGGGCGGUUUGAGAUUCUAUCUUUAACUGGGACUUCUCUUCCACCACCAGCGCCUCCAGGAGCUGGUGGCUUGACUAUUUAUAUUGCCGGUGGUCAGGGUCAAGUAGUCGGAGGGAGCGUGGCGGGUCCACUGAUGGCUUCAGGUCCAGUUGUAUUAAUGGCUGCAUCAUUUGCAAAUGCAGUUUAUGAUAGGUUACCUCUGGAGGAGGAGGACCCACCAGUGCAGGUACAACCAUCAGCUUCACAGUCGUCUAGAGUGACAGGCAGUGGUGGAGGGCAGUUGGGUGAUGGAGGCAGUGGCGGAAACAGUGGUGGUGCUGGCAGCGGGGGCGUUCCUUUCUAUAAUUUGGGAGCGAACAUGGGAAGUUAUCCUUUUCCAGGUGAUGUAUUCGGUUGGAGUAGUAGUGCAACAAGGCCUUCCUUCUAG